CUUCCCUCUGCCCUCCCACCGCGCGAAAAUUCAUUCCUCAAUUGUUCUCAAUCGAUCUCAAUAUUUUAUAGUAUACAGUUUGCUGGAACUAUACUUCUGAAUCGCUCACCUGUUCCAUCAUGGCUGCGACCAAGCGCAAGUCGUCAGAUACUGACGUCGACGCACCUCACAACGAGAACGUCCGAACUCCCACCGGCAGUCCUGCAAGGAAGAGACUACGGAUUACACGGAAUCAGAAACAAGCACUCAUUGACAAUCUGCAGUUAGAGAUAACGGAGAGAGCACGCAGACUGCGCGCACAGUACGCGCUCCAGGCUAGUGACCUUAAAGCGCGCAUCGAACGGCGUAUUAAUCGAGUCCCUGUCGGUCUUCGAAAGGCCAGAAUGGGCGAUUUGUUGGAGAAACAUGCCGCUGCUGCCCUUCGCGCCCAGCAACAGACAACGGCCGCGUCCAAGAAGCCAAUAUCCCCAUCCAAAUCAAGGAACAUAACCAUGGUAUCUAUUGAUUACGCGACAAACCGCUCUCCGGCCCGUCGCACUAGGAAACUAAGCCGCGAAGGUUUAUACUCUGAUAAAGAGAAUGUCCCCACUGCGCGCAGACCUGGUGAAGUUCUUAAUAAUCCCAAGAGACGUGCUAAACCAGGUGCUGCUGCUGGUCCUUCGCGUGUGGUCUCAGAGGAAAAAGGGGCAGACUACAAAAUUCUCUCUCCCAAGUCCUCGAAUUCUAGGACGUAUCCGCAUUCACCAUUCCGUGCCUCUCCAGAGAAGUCUCGCAAUCCUUCGUAUCUCUCCCACCCUCUAUCACCUUUGAAGCCCUCCAGCCCACUCAAAGCAGCCACCGGAUCUGUAACUGGAGAUAACGUCCGUUCUCAAGCCACCAAAACCGGCAGAUCUGCCAGCAACAGAGCUCCUUCGCAAGCAAAGAGAACAACCAGCAGGACUGCCAGUAGGACUGCUGCACCUUCGAGGGCAAUCAGGUCUCCUUUGUCCCGGCCUCCUACCCGUCAGCUUGAACGGAGAGGCAGUACGGGCACCGUUUCAUCCACUACGUCCUCCGGAACCGCCGUUGUUAGGCCGAUGCGGGCGGCUACUAGUACGAGAAAAGGUACACCCGCCUCGUCCUCAGCAGCAGCUAUGGCAGCCAAGAAAACGACCACUUCCCGGAAUCAAGCGUCGUCUGUAGCCGCCAAGCGGACUACUGCGGCUGCAGCAAGAAAGCCUGCAACACCUGUAGCAGCCGAAAACCCCUCGGCUGGACGGAGGACACUGCGCAGAAGGGUAUAGAGCUUAGCAUGUAUCUGGGAGUUCGGGGGUUGGUAUUGGGUUUUGGAACGGAGAUCAGUGCGGUAUCUUGUUUUUUGACGUUCAACUAUCUGGUAGCUCAAAGGGAGUCCUGUUUGGAGUUUUGUCUUUCAGUUGCCGAUUCUGUAUAUUUGAAUUGAGCGUGUUCCAUUCAGUAGUACCACCACUCUUGCUGACGGUUCUCAGUGGUUUUGGUGCUCGGUUCAAUGACUAAGGACUUUCAUUUCUACAUGCAUGAUGCAGCCAACCCUUGGGCCAUGGAUAUAUGUCAUUGGGACUUGGAGGAUGCUCAUGAAAUAUGGUCUAUUAAACGAUUGAACUCAUUUGGCAACGGAAAUCAACACACCUCGAGUAUGUAUGUACUAUGUGACUUUCUUGAAACAUGGCCCAAGUAUCUUCUUCACACAAACGAACCACAACUGCCAUCCAUAGUCUUUAAUUUCUUUGAUGUCCCAUCAAUCAAUGAUGAAUGGCUGAGACACAUUACAACUCAAUGUCUCCACAUUUGUUCUCUGGGUAGC